AUCACGUAGUACUAAGACGACUGACAAGGUAACUCGAUUUACUGGUAUCGAAGAAAAUCUUCUCUGCGAAGAUUACUGCAGCAUCAUUCUCCUUCCUCUUCGACGAAUUUUGUCCUUCAUCAGAGUGGCUUGAUGCCUUCGUAAAUCUUACCGGAUUUCACUCCCAGUGCCGUGGAGUUGAAGGAAGCCCAAUGUCUGAUCGUCCUGCCUGCGUAACAAACCCUUGGCGUCGAGAGAUUUGAGAUUGGGUCCAGAAUUCGGUUACGUGUACUGGAAUUAUUUGGCUAUUUCUAGGUCACAUGGUUUUUAUUUGAUGGUAUUAGUAUGGACCCUGACUUAGACUUCAAGGAGCCAUCAGAAGUGCCAAUGGAAGUUUCGGCUAGUAAGAAUGGGAACAUCUCACGGGAUACAGAAGAUAAGGCCAUGCAAUGUGCGAGUAACUAUGAGGACAAUAACUUUGACUUGGAAGCAGUGAAUAAAGACCAGAAUAAGUUGCAGUGUGCAAGUCAGGACGUGGAAGUUAAUGUAACUGAGUGUACAAAUUCUAGUGACAGUGGGAAGGUUGAAGACAACUAUCAGGAUGGUACUGAAAGUAUGAGUUCUUUUGGGGACACAGUAUCCAGUACUGAGAAUAGUUCAAUGUCGAGUGAUACGGAAGUUGAGUCAAGAUUAUGUUAUGGGAAUACAUCUCCAACAGUUGAUGGCUGUGGGGGAGCAUUUCGAACAAGAAGGAAAAAGCUGACAGAUCAUUGGAGGAGGUAUGUUCACCCUCUUAUGUGGCGCUGUAAAUGGAUGGAACUUCAAAUUAAGGAAUUGCACUCUCAAGCGCUGAACUAUGAAAGAGAACUAGACAAAUAUGAUGAAAGAAAGCAGUUUGAUUAUGAAAAGUUGGCUUUAGAAGGUUGUGAUGCAAAGUCGCUACCAUUUUCUAGUUAUAUUCCGAGGAAGAAAGUCAUGCAGAGAAAGAAAAGAAGACGAGUUGAAGACACUGUUGAUAUAGCAUCAUAUAUGCUGCAACAUAACCUAUUUUCCUAUUAUGCGACUAAGAGACCCGCUGUUCAUGGUGCUUCAAUGGACGAUGCUUUUGGUAGUUUAAACAAGACCGUCAAUCAUAAUGAUGAGUUUGGGUUUCAUGAUAGAUGGUCAUCUCUUGAAUUCAGAGAGGAUGACAACACAUUGGAGCCAGUCCUAAAGAAGGUUGAAAUGAUGAAAUCGCAAGUUCGUAAUCUUAAGUCCCGCAUUGACAAGGUUUUGAAUGAAAAUCCUGGAAAGUUUUGCUCCAUCAAUGAUUUGAGCUUGCUUGCACCAGUUGAUGCAUCUACCAGUUCUGAUCUUGCUGUUUCUCCGAAGAAUGGAAAUAAGAAAGCUGUCGAGGCGUUGAAUACUUUUUCUGAACAUGUAUCCAAUUGUGACGUGGAAGAUCUUUUGCCUGAAGGUGCAGUUUCAAGUCAUGGAGAGGUGAACCCAUUUCCUGAUAUGAUUGAAAUGAUGGGCCAGCCUCAGACUGGGGUUUUAUGUGAACAUAUCGAGGAAGGACUUAUGUUACAUAAUCAGGCAGUCAAGGAAGAACUGCAGAAUUUUGACAGCUCUAUGAGUUUGCUGACUGAGAUGCCUCUGGAACCAACUAAAGAGCAGACAGUUUCAGCUCCAGGAGUUGUAUUGGCAUUGGAGACUUCUGUCCCUCAUGAACAAUCAAAUUUGAAAUCACUUUCCAGAUCCCAUGUCCCUAACUCAAAGAGAAAGCAGGGUAGGCGAAAAUCUCGAUUGGGUGAACGGAGCCGGAGGUCUUAGGUAAUUAGGUUAGUGGUGGACCGAGUAGAAGAAAAAAUAUUUUUACAAGUAGUUUGAAUAGAUGAGAUCUGGGUAAAAAAUUCAUUGAUACCUCAUUUAGUGAUGAUGAUAUGUAUAUGAUAUUUAACUGCUGUAUAGCAUUGCUCUUACAUAAUUGAUGAAAUGAUUUUUGAGGCC